AUGCUCACAUGGCACCUAUUUGGCGGUCUCUGGAUCGAUGCCGUGGAGAAAGAAGGCAGCUUGAGGGCUGAGCUCUGGCACUACUACGCCGAGUUCAAGAACUUCAGCUUCAUUUUCAAUUGUGGUGGUGAGCCGUGGUUCAGCUACAACGUCCACACGUGGUCCAUUCCCGUGGAGUUUAAGGGAUCAAUCGUCAUCUUCACCGCCCUCCUAGCCUUUGCUCGCUGCACUAGGAACGCGAGAUUGUGGUGUCAGGUUGGCCUGAUCAGCUAUUUCAUGUACAUAUGCGACGGAUGGUAUUGCGCCAUGUUCUGCUCGGGCAUGCUACUCUGCGACCUCGAUCUGCUGGCGGCCGAGGGCAACCUACCGCAGGCUCUGGCUAGUCUGGAGAAGUACAAGGAGUUCAUCUUCUACCACAUGUUCGCAAUUGCCGUCUACUUUGGGGGCAUUCCCUCCAUGGACCAGGACGUCGAGACGCUCAAGAAGAACCGUGGCUGGUACUACCUGUCCUACCUCAAACCACAGGCCGUCUUCGACUACAAGUGGUUCUUCCUCUUCUGGGCGGCCACCUUCACCGUAGUGGCGUCCUCGCGGAUCUGGUGGCUCAAGAGGUUCUUUGAGACGCGGUUCUGCCAAUACAUGGGCCGCGUGUCCUACGCCUUCUACCUUGUGCACGGGCCGGUGCUGUGGAUCGCGGGCGACAGGCUGUACACGGCGGUGGGAUGGGGCAAGGAGAACAGCGUCAACCACCUGCCGUGGUGGGCCAACUCGCUCGUCCUGCCGAAGACGAAGCCGAUGGGCAUGGAGCUCUCGUUCAUGCUGCCGCACAUCAUACUGCUUCCGAUGACGCUGUGGACGGCGGAGCUCGUCACGCGGUUCGUGGACGAGCCGGCGGUGCGAUUCGCGCAGUGGUGCUACAAGAAGGUGCUGAACCCGCAGGCCGCGGCGCCGGGGCCGAGCUUGAAGGCCUAA